AAGAAACACAUGAAAAUAAGAAAAUAAUACUAUUGCACAUAAGUUAAGUUAUUAAUAUAAGACCUAAUUCUUAUUUCUUAGGAUUGAGUUAUAAUCGGAUUGUAGAAGCACACAUUGACUAGAGUUAGAGAACGUUUUCCACUCUAGUAUUUGAAGUUAUAGAGUUCUACUCAAAUUCGAAAAGGUGUUUUUUUUUUUCUUAAAUAAAUAGUAAACAAAAUUUGAAAGAGAUUGAAAGUAUCCAAACAAUAAAAUCUAAGAAUCACUUAAAAUACGCCUAUAUUUCUUCUUCUUCUUCUUCUCUUCGAUUAGGGUUAAAAAAAAAUCACCUUUUUUUUGAAGAACAUCAAACAUACUUGAAAACGCACCGUCAGACAUUGUGAAGACGCAAUUGAAUACUCAGACUGUUGAUUUGUGAUAGACUUGAAUCGAACUACAUUCACAUUAGUGAACCGGUACACCCGUUGUAGGAGGAGGUUUUAAUAACUGUUUUUGUUACGAAUAUGAGUUCUUCAUGGGCUGAUGCUGUUGAGAAUGGAUCUACUGAUAUUAUCCCAACUAACGGUGGGAAUGAACGCAAGUCGGCUCCCACCAAGUUAUCAUAUGUUCCACCACACCUCAGAAACAGACCACCACCUGCAUCUGAGCCACCUGCUUCGUCACUUAACGGCCCACCGUCAAGUAAUGAUAGAUUUAGGCACAGUGGACCCACAAAUGGCCCGGAAUGGGCUGGUCCUAGGCCCGGUUAUGGACGCCAGGCAUAUAGGGGUAGGGUGAGAGAGGCCAACCCUUUUGGAAAAGACGAUGUAGAUGCUGACACGGGGCCUCUGACUACUGAACAACAGGACAAUACGGGUAUCAACUUUGAUGCGUACGAGGAUAUCCCUGUAGAGACGAGUGGUGAUAAUGUUCCGCCACCAGUAAACACGUUUGCAGAUAUAGAAUGGGGUGAUGCAAUUAAUAUGAAUAUUAAGAGGUGUAAGUAUGUGAAACCGACUCCUGUUCAGCGGCAUGCGAUACCUAUUUCUCUAGCAGGGAGAGAUUUGAUGGCUUGUGCUCAGACAGGUUCCGGAAAGACUGCCGCCUUUUGCUUCCCUAUUAUUAGUGGAAUUAUCAAUGGAAAUCAUCCUCCGAAUAAGCAACGUGGAACUCGCACCGUUUUUCCACUUGCUCUUAUUCUCUCACCGACGAGAGAACUCACAGUACAGAUACAGGGGGAAGCUGCAAAGUUUGCCUUCCAAACUGGUGUCAGAGUUGUUGUUGCAUAUGGAGGGGCACCGAUACAUGGCCAGCUGCGUGAACUUGAUAAAGGGGUUGAUAUUCUGGUGGCGACUCCUGGAAGAUUGGUUGAUUUGCUUGAGAGAGCCAAAGUUUCAUUACAAAUGAUAAGAUAUUUGGCUCUUGACGAGGCAGAUCGAAUGCUUGAUAUGGGUUUUGAGCCUCAAAUCAGAAAGAUUGUCGAACAAAUGGAUAUGCCUCCUCGUGGUAUAAGACAGACUUUGCUAUUUAGCGCCACCUUUCCAAAAGAGAUCCAGAGACUGGCGUCGGAUUUUCUUUCAAAUUACAUUUUCUUGGCAGUUGGGAGAGUUGGUUCUAGUACAGACUUAAUCGUUCAGAGAGUUGAAUUUGUUCAGGAGUGUGACAAAAGAAGCCAUUUGAUGGAUCUUAUUCAUGCACAGAGAGCAAAUGGAGUUCACGGAAAGCAAGCUCUUACAUUAGUGUUUGUGGAAACGAAGAAGGGAGCCGACGCAUUGGAACACUGGUUGUGUCUUAAUGACUUUCCUGCAACUACUAUUCAUGGUGAUAGAACUCAACAGGAAAGAGAGUAUGCAUUGAAAUCAUUCAAGAGUGGAAGAACGCCUAUGCUAGUGGCAACAGAUGUGGCAGCUCGUGGUCUCGAUAUUCCACAUGUCGCACACGUAAUCAACUUUGACCUUCCGAACGACAUUGAUGACUAUGUUCACCGGAUAGGGCGUACAGGGCGUGCUGGCAAGACGGGAUUGGCUACAGCGUUUUUUAAUGAGAAUAACAUGUCUAUGGCAAAGCCACUAGCUGAGUUGAUGAAGGAAGCAAAUCAAGAGGUUCCUGACUGGUUGACUCGGUUUGCAAGUCGAGCUUCUUCAUAUGGAGGUAAGAGUAAGGGCCGUUUUGGUGGUCGUGAUUUUAGAAGAGAUUCCUCUUAUAAUAAUAAUAGGACCGGAAAUACCAAUACCAAUGGAGGAGGUAGCAGGACCGCCGCCGCCGGCGGUGGUGGUGGUGGUGGUGGCUAUGGAAGUUAUAGUGGAGGAAAUGGCCCUGAGUUUAGCAGCGCUUGGGAUUAGAGUUUCUAAGUUAUCUUUUUUUAUUUUGCAGAAUAUGUAUAAAUUUUCUUUCAAGUUAUUAUUAGGAACUGUUUGCCUUAAAUCAAUUUUUUUGUCAAAAGGUAUGCACUUAUUAGGAUUCUCUUGGAUUCAUUGUUAUGUAAAGAUUCAUUGUCU